AUGGGAAAUUUGCCUUCUCCUCGCGUGCAACCGUUGUCACCGUUUACGCAUACGGGUGUGGACUACGCUGGUCCUUUUUUGAUUACGCCUUUCGUUGGAAGAGGACAAAGGACACGAAAAGGUUACGUGGCCCUAUUCGUUUGUCUCGCUAUCAAGGCGAUCCACGUGGAGCUAGUGGAGGAUUGCUCCAGUGCUGGAUUUCUUGCUGCCUUUCGGCGAUUCACGAGCCGACGAGGCUUAUCGUGUAAGCUAUACUCUGAUAACGGGACUAACUUUCACGGCGCUAAAAAGGAAUUAAACAGCGAAUUUGAGGCGUUCAUGAAAGAUUCGUCUCUACGCGACGUUCUUGCUAACGAUAAAAUUGAGUGGCAUUUUAUCCCGUCUGCAGCUCCUCAUUUCGGAGGAAUUUGGGAGGCGGGCGUGAAAAGCCUCAAAUCGCAUCUAAAGCGGAUAGCCGGUUCGCGUACCCUGUCGCAGGCUGAAUUCGCUACACUCCUAUGCCAGAUAGAGGCAUGUUUGAACUCCCGACCAAUUGCGGCUCUUAGCGACGACCCGAGCGAUCUGUCCGCGCUCACUCCGGGUCAUUUUUUAAUAGGCCGACCGAUCGUUGCGAUACCGGAGGAAUCAGUACUCGCGAUAGAUACGAAUCGACUUUCGAGAUGGCAGUUCGUCCAUUCGAUGGUGGAACAACUCUGGCGUGCUUGGUCGCAAGACUACUUACAUUCGCUGCAACAGCGACAUAAAUGGUCAGAAAGAUCGCCUUGUUUUCGCGUUGGCGAGCUCACGUUGUUAAAAAAUCCUUUGCUCCCUCCGAGCAAAUGGGAGUUCGCGCGAGUCACUCAGGUCCAUCCCGGAUCCGACGGACUCGUUCGAGUAGUUACCGUGAGAACCGCGCGUUCAAUAUUGAAACGACCAAUCACGCUACUGUGUAGACUGCCAGUUCAGUGCGAUAAUUAA